AUGUCAUUCCAAUUAUCAAGUUUACCGGAAGUGAAAAGUCCCGAUAAAGUAUGUACAGUUCAACAGUGGUACCGACAAAAUCACACAUUAAAAAUAAAUAUGGUGCAAUACUUUUUACUUAUUCUGGCAACGGCAUGCCUAACAUCAGCGUAUCCUAAAGAAGGUCCUACAGAAAACAAUAAUCAACAAUAUCAACAAAGGCCGGUGUUCGUUCUUUUAGAUCAAACUCUUCAAGACCAACUGUACGCACAACAAAUUCAAAAUGAAGUACGAGUUAAAGCACCGCUACAAGAAAUACAACAACCUCGAAUUCAGGAACUUCAACAACCUCGCAUUCAAGAGCAACCUCAAUUAGAACAGCAGCAAAUUUAUGCACCAGGAGGUUUUCAAUAUGGAGAUCCGCAGCUUCAAUAUCCUGGUUAUAAUCAACAAGCAUUUCCAAGAAUUCAACCAUCUAUUCUUCUCUACGGGGCCGGAGGGCAAGGACAACCCAUCUUGAUCAACCCAGGAAACCCACCAGGCAAUUUCUUGGUACCUCAACAGCCCGGCGUUGUUUAUAGAAACAAUCCUCAAAAUCCUGUCUUCGUAGGAGGAUAUCCCAAUCCAAAACCUGCGCAUAUUCCUCCAAUCGAAAAGGAUGCUGAAGAGAUUCCAACCAAUCCUGCCAACAUUCCUCCAUUUCAAUCUAAGCCUAGUGAAAGCAAACCUGAAAAACUAGAAACAUUCACUGAAGACAAUUUCGCCUCUUUUCCAAAACCAGCCGGUGAAGCCGGCGGUAUAGACGAAGUUGAUAGGCGACAACCACCUCAACAGGUACCAAACAACAACAAUCUCAAACCAGGUCAACGAUUUUUUAUUCUUAACGGACAGCCACUGUAUCAAAACUAUCCUCUGAACUAUCCAGAAAUUCCAAACUUUGGAUUCCAGCAGAUCGAACAGCCCUUCCAGCAACUUCAAAGUGAACCGAGGGAGCAAGAAUUCAAUAAUUAUAAUAUUCCUGUGCAAACGGUUUUAUUGAGAAAUUCCGGCCCUGUUGAUCAACCACAAAACAUAGCUCAAAAUGCUCAAUCUGCACCGCAACAACUUUUCCCCGCAUUCAACCAACAAAAUAUUCCUCAAGAAUCAUAUUUUAGAACAAGUUUACCGACUGGUGUAUCAGAUAUUAAUAGCGGAAUCCCUAUUGGACAAUUUAGGUUUUCUUCUCCAAAUGGACCUUACUUCCCAUCACAAGAUGAGAUUGACAACGAUUCUGUAGUAAUAAAUGCUAACUUUGGUGAUUCCAGCUUAAGCGAUGCAGUAGCUACCCAAUCAGAUCCAACUGUACCGGCAGCAAAAUCUCCCGAACCAGGUACCGCCCAAGCAGCACCCGGAGCUAUCGCCUUAGCCGGUCCUGGAGGCAUAGCAGGAGCCGCUCCAAGAGGCACUGCAUUGGCAGGAAAAGGUGGCUUGGCAGUUUCAAGUCCGCAAGCAACAGCCAUUGCAGGAACGAAGAAAGAAGAGAAGGCGGAAAAAGCAGAUAAAGAAAAGCCAGACAAGCAAGAAAGGAAAACAACCAGAAAGCCAAAAAAUUGA